UCCACGUCGCCUGUACGCCACCGAGAUGGCAGGAGGUGUGCGGAGAAAGUCUCCCGGUUCCCCGUCCCCACUGUGGGGAAAGCUUCACACACUGUGGCAGGACAAACAUUUGGUCCUGUUCAAGACGGAAUACACGUUACUGGUCGUUUCAGUGUUGUGGUUCCUAGAGAUCGGGAUCAAUGUGUGGGUCAUACAAAAAGUAGCAUACACUGAGAUAGACUGGAAGGCCUACAUGGAUGAAGUAGAGGGCGUCAUCAAUGGUACCUAUGACUACACUCAGCUUAAAGGAGACACAGGCCCUUUGGUGUACCCGGCUGGCUUUGUCUACAUCUUCACAGCUCUCUAUUACAUCACCAGCCACGGGGUGAACAUCCGUCUGGGCCAGUACAUUUUUGCUGUUUUCUACCUCAUCACACUGCUCCUCGUCUUCAGGAUAUACUACCGCACUAAGAAGGUUCCUCCCUAUGUGUUCUUCUUUGUGUGUUGUGCUUCCUAUCGAAUCCACUCCAUCUUUGUGCUACGUCUCUUCAAUGACCCAGUGGCCAUGAUGCUGCUUUUUGCAGCUGUCAACCUUUUCAUGGAUGGAUACUGGACCCUUGGCUGUGGCCUCUACAGUUUAGCAGUGUCUGUGAAAAUGAACGUGCUUCUUUUUGCCCCUGGGCUACUAUUCCUCCUCCUCUCUGAGUUUGGUCUGAUCAGGACAAUCCCAAAACUUUCUCUGUGCGCAAGUAUACAGCUUUUGCUGGGCCUCCCUUUCCUCCUGGACAAUCCCAUUGGUUAUGUGAGCCGGGCUUUUGAUCUUGGCCGUCAGUUCAUGUUCAAGUGGACGGUCAACUGGCGCUUCCUGCCAGAAUGGCUCUUCUUGAAUCGCUAUUUUCACUUAGUCCUGCUGGCUGCCCACCUGCUCACCCUGCUGCUCUUUGCUUUCCGCCGGUGGAAGAGGCCAGGAGAAAGCAUCUUUGAACUCCUCAAGGAGCCUGCAAAGAGGAAAAUCCCUCCUCAGAAGAACACUGUGGAUCAGAUUGUUCUGAUUCUCUUCACCUCUAACUUCAUUGGCAUGUGCUUCAGUCGUUCAUUGCACUACCAGUUCUACGUCUGGUACUUCCACACGCUGCCUUACCUGCUCUGGAGUGGGGGAGUCAAGAAGCUGGCACACCUGCUCAGGGUCCUGAUCCUGGGUUUGAUCGAGCUCUCAUGGAACACAUAUCCCUCCACUAACAGCAGCUCAACCGCCCUCCACGUCUGCCACCUCAUCAUCCUCCUCUGUCUGUGGCUGGCUCCACCCCUGCCUUCAGCCCCAGCAGAAACACAACAACAUACACCCGUCAAGGACAAACGCCAGUGAGCCACAGCCUGAUUGGACCAGACGUCGCAUUCGGUCAAAUCAGCUGCCGGACAGCCUCCAUCCUCCUCCUCUCUAUGAUCUUCACAACACCGGUGCAGAGGGAGGUCACUGGGGUAGACUGUUUAUACGUGAAUAAAAGGAGCCACUUGAUGCUUCUCAUCUCAGCUCACUGCUAAAAGUGAAGGAAGCUAACUUGUGGGUGCAGUCUGCAGAUACCUUACAUGAUGGGAUGUAGUCGUCCCUUGCAGUUGAAGAGAUGAAAAGAGGAAGAAAAUAUGGAUUCUCAGGUUUCAUUUUCAAAUACAUAGUAGGAGUGGAGUACAGUGCUAGGAGGAAAUUGUGAAUGUUAUUCUGUGUGGAAAGAAUUUGUUACAUAGGCUAUAUUUCUACUUAGUAUGUUAAAAUUACAGUCUGCCCAUAAUUCAGCUGGCCUCAUCAUUAUUUCUUGUUUGAUAUUCUGAUAUUAUCCAAAGUCAUUUACUGGUGCACUAAUGAUCUUGUACAUUCUAUUAAGAAAGCAGUAUAUUGAAGAAUGUCAUAAAUAUCCCAGAGAACUUUAACUUAGUACAAAGCUUUAAAAUUAAUUGCAUAUCAGACAUAAGCUUGUGGCAUUUCCAUUUGCAACAGUAAUUUCAGUGUUUUCCAGUUCAAGGCCAAAACUCUUUUCCAAUAGUUUUACUUAAAUGUGUAAAACGGAACUGUAGACAAUCACAGGUAUUUGUCUGAUUUAUUUCAUAAUUGAUUUACCCUUAGUUGUGAGUGGCUCCUCACACUCAUCAGCACAUGAGUAGAUUUAACGUGAAAAAUAUGCAGUAGAUUGAAACAGCAAAAGUGUAACAUUUUAUAUUAAACGGAGAUGCCACUUAA